AUGCCCACAGGUCUUACCUACCGCCCACAAGCCUUCCCCGACGCCCGCAACCCUCUUACAAUACCUACAACCCUUCCCUUACGCCUACAACUUUUUCUCGACGCUCACAACCUUUUUCCUUACGCCUCAACCCUUUCCCUGUGCCCACAAGCUUCACCUACCGCCACAACCUCUCCAAGACCCCACAAUCUUUUCCUCAUGCCACAACCUCACCCACAGAACCUCACCUACCGCCCACAAUCCUCCCCCGACGCCCACAACCCUCACCUACCGCCCACAACCCUCCCCGAAACCCAACCCUCACCUACCGCCCACAACCCUCUUCCCUCAGCCCACAACCCUCCCCCGAAACCCACAACCCCCUCACCUACCGCCCACAACCCUUUCCCUCACGCCCACAACCCUCACCUACCGCCCACAACCCUUUCCCUCACGCCCAACAACCUUUCUCUCACGCCCACAACCUUUCCCUCACGCCCACAAACCUUUCCCACACGCCCACAACCCUCACCUACCGCCCACAACCCUUUCCCACACGCCCACAACCCUCAUUACAGCCCACACCUCUCUCCCGAAACCAACAACCCUCCACGAAGCCCACAAGCUUCCCCCGACGCCCACAACCCGUUCCCACAUGCCCACAACCCUUUCCCUCACGCCCACAAACCUCUCCCCGAAACCCACAACCCUUUCCCUCACGCCCACACCCUUUCCCUCACGCCCACAAACCCUCACCUACAGCCCACAACCCUUUCCCUCACGCCCACACCCUCAACCUACCGCCCACAACCUCUCCCCGAACCCUCGCCUUCCUUGCAAGUGGGAACUCCUUUUUGUAGGAUCCCACACACGCGCCUUGCCCAGAGUCCCUUGGCGCAGGACGUCAGCCACGGUCCUUCCCGCCGCCAGAUCAAGUAUUUAAGGAUGAAGGUUCGUCUCAACCAAAUUCCAGACUUCGUAGUUAAGUCUGGAAUUAGACAAGAAGAAUGCGACAAAUUACUGCCAACGUUUGGAAAUGCAAUUGCAAGAGUGACAUUUAGUGCAAAUUUACCUCAGCUGAGACACAUCGAGCGUGACUUGCUUAUACACCAAUUCGAGCUUGCAUUUUCGCCCAUCAGAUCUCGAGACAAGCUGUUGACUGUGUGA